UGAUCGUGCUCCUGGGUGCCAGUUGCGCAGAACCUAAAUCAUUUGGGGUAUUGGUUUGUCACCCUUACCCUGCCUCUUGGGUCUUAUCUGUUACGCGUCUUAUCAAGCGGUUAUCGCUUUGCUCCAAAGAUAUAUUGCAUUUUGUUCCUAUCUGUAACGGUGUGUGGUUUUUUUGUUAUAAUGAAGAGGCUAUCUCGAGAGGGGAGGACAGGGUUUUGACACGGAUGGAUUCAACUCCUCCGGUCAGAGCGCGCGGUGUGCUUACAUUUCUAAUGGAUUAAUAUCUUAGGCGGUAUUGCCAAACAUGUCUUAACUAUUAGUCUAUAACCAUCAUAUAGUUUUAAUAGUGAGGAUCGAGUAGUGUGUGCUAAGUAACCUAGCCUUUCGCCUAUCAUUUUAUGUCAUGUACUCAAAAUUACGCGAAUACGUUUCAAAAUGAAACCAAGCCCCACGUCAAGGGCUAUGUUGGGUUUGUAUUACGCAGUUUCCCAGAGGGGCAGACAACACCCUCACGAUUUUCUAGCCCUACGGUGUAUGGAAAGUGAUCCUGGAUGGACCUGGGCGAAAACAGCUGGUCCAUGGUCAAGCAAGAAGUGUCCAGCAGCCCAGGGUCACCGGCUGAACAGAGCUACUUACACGGCGGUCAGGACAGGAGGGAGAGUCACGGCCACGCGCACGACUCGGAGGGACUCAGGUCACCGCCGACAACGGAUCAACUUAACUUAGUGGGACACCGGCGCGACGAGGGGCCAGGUAGACCAUCUCUACACUCCUACGUUCACUUCGGACACGGACACCAUAACAACAACACUGCCCUGCCCACCACAGAGGACAUCACGCUGUUCACGGAUUUAGACCAGGGCAACAAACUAAUCAUCUCUAGCGGAGCGCACCCGCACCACAAGGGGGGCCUUAUCGUCGACCCCAGCGACAUGUAUCAAACACUAGCCAUCGCGGCGGCCCACCAGAGCCAGGCGGGGUACGACUCGCCCUCUGGGGGCUAUAUGCACUCCAACCCCAACUCUCCAGUGUAUGUACCGAGCUCCCGGGUGGGACCCAUGAUAUCCAGCCUCCCUUAUUUGCAAGCCAGCGGGUCGGCACAGCCCAGUCAUGCGGUCACAAGCCAUUCAGUCUGGUCGCAGUCUACUCCGGAGAGUCCCUCCUACAGCACCGGGAGUCCUCAUACCGCCAACCGUUUCCAUUACCCUCCAAGCCCGCCAAUGAACAACGUAGCGUCCAGGGAUAACGGCUACAGUAACCCGCUGAAUGUGGGCAGUCGAGACCAGUACGGUCUCCCGCGGCCCCUCGGUGGAUCCUACGCCAGUCCCUACUCCCCGUAUGUUGGACCGCAGCUAUCCCAGUUGUCCUCGCCUUGGCCGGGAGGACCGUUCGAUAACACCAUGUUGCACACUUUGCAAAGCAGAGGUGCGCCCUUGACGAUUCGAGGACCCAAUGGAGAUAUUCUCGACGACCUGGGAGAGAGCAGGGAAUGCGUCAACUGCGGCUCCAUCUCAACGCCGCUUUGGAGACGCGAUGGCACGGGCCACUUUCUCUGCAACGCCUGCGGCCUGUACAGCAAAAUGAAUGGACUCAGCCGGCCAUUAAUUAAACCACAGAAGCGGAUGUCAUCAUCCCGGCGAAUUGGCCUCUCCUGCGCCAACUGUCAGACGAGCACAACCACCUUGUGGCGCAGAAACGCAGAAGGAGAACCGGUCUGCAACGCAUGUGGGCUCUACACAAAAUUACAUGGAGUACCUCGGCCGCUCGCCAUGAAGAAAGAGGGAAUUCAGACGAGGAAAAGAAAACCUAAAACUUUGAACAAAACCAAGGGAUCCUCUGGAAAUAGUAAUUCCGUCGCCAUGACUCCGACGUCGACGUCUUCUUCCAACUCUGAAGACUGCUCGAAGAACAGCUCUCCCAACACGCAGGUCCAGUCCUCUGUCCUGAGUGGCCCAGCGGAUGGCUCAGGCUCUGAUGGCUCUGCCGUCGUGAAGUACCCAGGCCAGGAUAGUCUCUACACCAGCGUGGGCCUCACCCAGUCUCCAGACAUAGCCGGCUCCGUCAGGGGAGAGUCCUGGUGCCCCAUGGCUCUUGCCUGAGUCACGAGCUGGGGGUGGAACCCACCACACUAUCCUCUCUCGCUCUCUCUCUCUCUCUCUCUCUCUGGAUGUCCUGCUGCUGCAUGGUGGAAAUAUUCUGUGCCUUGAUGGUUCUGGGUCUGAUUCCUACUUCCCAGCUAACAACAGUUGGACAGAGACAGCCCCCCCCCCCCACGCUCAUGCAAGUUUGAAACGUCUGGAAUAUUUGGGAUUGAUUUCCAGAAUUAUAUGAGAAAACCUUAGUGCCUUAACAGAAAGGGAAUUAUGUGAGAGGAGGCCUGUUGAUGCAUUCUUGUUACUCUGCAGUUCGGAUGCGUUCCGGACCGACCUGCUGUUUUCUCUCCCCUCUCCUCUCCUCUCUUCCUCUCCCUCCUCUCUCCCUCUCUCCUCCUCUCUCCCUCUCUCUCUCUCCCUCUCUCUCUCCCUCCCUCUCUCUCUCCCUCUCUCCCUCUCUCUCCUCUCUCCCUCUCUCUCCUCUCUUCCUCUCCCUCUCUCUCCUCCUCUCUCCCUCUCUCUCUCCCUCUCUCCCUCUCUUUCCCUCUCUCUCCUCUCUCUCUCUCUCUCUCUCUCUCUCUCUCUCUCUCUCUCUCUCUCUCUCUCUCUCUCUCAGCUAUGGAGGUGGAUAAAAUGUCUGAAAUGAAGAAACCUGUACAUAAUGUUAUGGAUUCCCCCACUCAAGACAAAAGUGGUUAAUUGGAUAUUAGUGCUUGAGAAAAGCUCAACCAUGCAUACAGAGGACAUUUUGAUAAUCAUUUUUUUUUUGCAACUGGAAUCAAGCUAUCAAGUUACCAAGACAACCUUCCUGAAUCAAGAGAAACUAUUUAUUAAUCUUCCAUUGUUGAAAAUAUGACUAUGAUUGUUAAAUAAAGAUAUGGAUAUAGAGUAGAUCUGAAACAAACAAAAAAAAUGUUAUAUCUUUGUUUUUUUAAUAUACUUUUGUAUUUCGUUCUCUCUUGGUGAGUGAGUAGUUGUUAACAGUGAUCGUAAAUCUGCACGUUUUUCCCACUGAUAGCUCUUACUGUAUCUGACUGAAACUCUUGGUUUUAAAACAGGGUAUCAAGGACUGCAAUAUCCUAUGUCGGUCAGUUUUUGUUUUUAAUUAUUAACUCAAUUCGCAAAUAAUGAAAUCCUACAGAUUAAAUAAAAAAUACUGUUCACUUUAUGGUACUAUUUUUUUAAGAAAUUGGUAGAAGUGUUUUUUUUCUUUUCGGCGAGGAUAAAAAAAAGAGAGAACAUGUCCGCAAAAUCUUUGACACAUGUACAACAGCUAGCUAAAUACUGUUUGAAUGAAUGGCACCCGCAAUUGUUUUAUAGAUGCAUAUUUUUGUUACAAUACAAAACUGCAAAAGAAGACUGCUGCAAUAUUAUCUGGCUACAACAAAGACUACCUAACUGGUAGAAACAGUAUACAUUUACUGACGCAUACAUGCAUUUGAUGUUCAUAUAAAAUUUGACAAAAAUCAAAUGAAAAGGCUAAAUGAGGUCAACAUAAAAUAAUGUAAUAUUGCUAAUAUUGCUAAUUCCGCAAACAGAUGCGGAAUUGCUAAAUUGCCCCUAGUAAGUUUUUGGUUGAUAAAAGGGUAAUGGUUGUUCCUACAACCAACUCUAGACUGUCAUAAAACAAAAUUAGUCAACGAGUAAAAUGUUACACAUUUACACAUGCUGAUGAAACUGUAGCUUCAAUUGAGAAUAAUCUUAAAAGACUGAUUUAUGCCAAGAGUUAUGUUUCAGUGACGUGAAGAAAAUUCAUAUGUAGGUAGAAAACAACCUUUCACUGGUUUAAAGACAUAAUGACCUUAUAUGACAAAUCACUGUUGAUUUUGGUUUGACUCAACACGCAACAAAAAAGUGGAAUACAAAUGUGCCCUUGUAUUUUUACUCAAAAUAUGUCUAAAGCUGAAAAAAGUUGAAAAAAAAAGUAGAAAUAUGUCUUUCCCAUUCAAUACACAGAUCAUACUAUAUGUCUCCCUCUCCUCCAGCAGGGGUGUGAAUGGCGCCUCGCUCAGCAGAACUCUCAGUGGAUCCAUUUUAGGGCCAGACAAAUUCCUCUAGCUCUCUGGGGAAUGUCAAUUUCGGCGGAAUGAAUCUGAAGGUCAUUGUGAAACUGCCGUUUUAAAGUGCAUUUCAGUUUCACCAUCAGGGUCGUUCAGCUGAAACAGGGCCUGCUAAUAGUUUUUUUCUGGACUUAUUUAUUUUUUGAAAUAUCAUGUUUAUUAAUAACAUUGUUUUCCUAUUUUUUUGUUUGGAUAUUUGUAUUUCUUUGGUUGGUUGUUUUAUUCUUGAUACAGUUUUAAAUGAUAUUAUUUCAAUAUUUGAAAUAAAUUGUUCUGUUGAUAUGUGAAUUUUGGAAUAAUUGCCCAUCUUUGAAGGAAAUCUACACGUUGUUGUUGUGUCAUUGUAUCACAGUGUUUUUGUGGUAUGUGCCAGAGUUUGCAGCAAGAGUUUUAGCUCCAUCUAGCCAUUUGCUGUGAAGGUACAUAUAACCAUUUUGAAAUUGUAAUAUUAAAUAACCCCAUCAUAUUUGAAUAAUAUUUAUACAUUUGUUGUUAUAUUGGCAUUAAAAAAAAUUGGCAGUGGUAUUCCUCACUUAAAUUCUUUCACCUCAUGAUUCAGGGAGGUUCGAUAAAAGCUAGUAGUCUACCGGUAUUCCGGAAUAUAAAUCGCCUUAGCCUACUUUCCAUUUUUUUUUAAAUUGAACUUGUAUGAAGAUUUCCACUAUAUUACUUCAUGCCGGAAUAAUAAACCAAACGUUAUCAAAACGUUUAUUAAAACUGUG